GCAGCAUCCUAAUCCUGAUCCUAUGGAGACACCUGCAGACCUGGUCAACAUGCGUGUCUCUGAUCAACAGAUUUCCUAUACCAAGCCUAGCAGCUCCCCCUAGCUACUUCCUACCAAGCUCCAACAAUGGCGGUGACGAGCUCUCGCUGCCUUCUAUUCAGGCUGUGCUGCCUCUGCUACCUGCUGUCCUCCGUCCACGUCCCCCUCGCCGCCUCGCUCUCGUUCCGUUUCAACUUCUCGGACCCCGAUUCCACCUGCACCGCGCAGAACGCAGAGCUGGCCUGCUCCGGCGACGCCUACUUCCACAGCACCGAGAACGCGAUCGAGCUGACCAAGAACGUCAUGGGCGACCUCAACAACCACAGCGUCGGCCGGCUGACGUACACGCAGCCGAUGCCCCUCUGGGACGGCACCACCGGCGAGCUGGCCAGCUUCACCACCUCCUUCACCUUCCUGAUCAAGCCAGCGCGACCGGACUCGCCGGAGCCGAGCGCGGACGGGAUGGCGUUCUUCCUCGCGCACCACCCGUCCGGCCCGCCGCCCCGCGGCAGCCACGGCGGGAACCUGGGCCUCUUCAACGGCAGCACCAACAGGAACGCCAGCGGCGACGACCGCGUGGUGGCGGUCGAGUUCGACACGUACCAGAACUCCGAGUUGGGGGAGGUGGACGGCAACCACGUCGGCGUCGACGUCAACUCCAUCUUCUCCGCUGAGUCCAUCUCGCCCAACAAGAGCAUCAAGUCCGGCGAGACCUUGGCCGCCGAGGUCGCCUACGACAACAGCACGGAGACGCUGUCCGUCACCCUCCGGAUGGGCGGGGUCCCGCCGUACCGUGUCAGCGCCAACGUCGACAUGCGGAGAAGCUUGCCACAGAUGGUGGCCGUCGGCUUCUCCGCUGCCACCGGCAGGAACGUCGAGGUGCACCAGCUCCUGUCGUGGUCCUUCAACUCUUCUCUCGCGUCGAGGGAAGCACAAGCACCUGCACCUUUGCCCUCUGAGGCCAUCACCUCCAGAGGGCAUUCCAUGGCGCAUAGCAGCACGAUAGCAGUAUCUGCUGCUGCAGCUGGGUUUGUGGUUAUCUGCGCUUUAACUGGGUUUGUUCUUAGGAGGAAACUGAGGAUGUGGAAGAAAUCCAAGGAAGCAUCCGCCGGCGGCGGCGGCGAGCUCGACGAUGAACACGACGGCGGCGGCGAGGCUGAGUUUGAGAAAGGCGUCGGCCCAAAGAGGUAUAGUUACAGCGAACUCGCGGCGGCGACGAGCAAUUUCUCGGAGGAGAUGAAGCUGGGGAGAGGCGGCUUCGGCAACGUCUACAAGGGCUGCCUCAAGAUCGACGGCGAGGACCGCCGUGUGGCCAUAAAGAAGUUCUCGGAGUCGUCGGUGCAGGGGAGGAAGGAGUUCGAGGCCGAGGUGAAGAUCAUCAGCCGGCUCAGGCACCGCAAUCUCGUGCAGUUGAUCGGUUGGUGUGACAGCUGCAAAGGGCUCCUCAUCGUCUACGAGCUCGUGUCGGAGGGCAGCCUUGACAGGCACAUUUAUAAGAACACGAGGUUGCUUACCUGGCCUCAAAGGUACAAGAUCAUCAUGGGUCUGGGGUCGGCGCUGCGGUACCUCCACGCGGAGUGGGAGCAGUGCGUAGUGCACGGUGACAUCAAGCCGAGCAACAUCAUGCUGGACUCCUCGCUGGACGCCAAGCUGGGCGACUUCGGCCUGGCGAGGCUGGUCGACCACGGCGUGAGGCCUGCGACGACGAAGGUGGUGCUGGGCACGGCGGGCUACAUCGACCCGGAGCUCGUCAACACGCGCCGCCCCAGCGCCGUGUCGGACGUCUACAGCUUCGGCAUCGUCCUCCUGGAGCUCGUCACCGGCCGCCGCCCCGUGGAGGAGCCCGACGACAGCGACGAGCUCUUCGUGCUGGCGAGGUGGGUGUGGCGCCUCUACCGCAGGAACGCCGUCGCCGAGGCGGUGGACGAGAGGCUGAUGAGGAGGGAGCGCGACGACGACGACGACGGCAGCGAGGUGGUGGGGGAGCGGAGGCGGCGCCGGCAGCAGAUGGAGAUGGAGAUGGAGCGCGCGCUGGUCGUGGGGCUCUGGUGCGCUCACCCCGACCGCAGCGAGCGGCCGUCCAUCGCGCGCGCCAUGCACGUCCUGCAGUCCACGCCGGAUGUGGUGAAGCUGCCGGUGCUGCGGCCGCAGAUGUUCAGCGGCGACACGUUUCAUACCGUUACCAUGGGAGGAGAUGGUUACAGCGAUCUGUCCUUCGGGGUGACGUCGUCGUCCACUGGUAGCGACACGUCGACGAGCGGCUACAAUUCUCGUUCAGACAACAAAUGAUCGAAAUGGUGAAAUUCGAUAUGUAUUUAUAUAUGCAAUACUCCCUCCGUCCUCUGUAAUAUAGUAUAUUCUAUAGUUUUUAGAACAGAUUAAGAUUCACAAAAGAUAUAU